AUGGCCGCCCGCCUGCCCGUCGUCUCCGCCCUCGCACGCCUGCCCAGACGCCGCCCAUCCCGUCCUCGCACCACCCUCUCCGCACGCACAAUGGCCUCUGCCCCCAGCACCCGCGAGUUCCUCGUCAUCAUCCCCGACAAGCCCGGCGCAACCGCCAAGCGGCUCCAAGUAAGACCGGCUCACCUCAAAAACAUCACGCCGCUCACCGAGUCCGGCGUCGUCAAAAUGGGAGGCGCUCUGCUCAACAGCUUCCCCGAGGGGGACGACCCGGCGACCUUUGACUUCAUGGGCAGCACCGUCGUAUUCCGCGCCGAGACCAAGGAGCAGGUGCUGGAGCUGCUCAAGCAGGACGUGUACUCGGCGUCUGGCGUCUGGGAUAUCGAAAAGGCGCAAAUCUACCCUUUUCUGUGCGCCUUUAGAGCCCCGUGA